CAGCACUCUCCCGCCAAAAUGAGAGAAAACCAAACACCACUCAAGGAUCAAGCGCGACCUUCAAAGCUCGCGAAUCGCGUAUCCAAGAAGAACAUUCCAAAGAAGAGCUUAAACACUGUUUUUUCCUCAGUUUCCGAAGAUGUAACAGUGGACACUUCAAAAAAUUCUCUGGAUUUUACUCCAGUUUCUGAGAUUUCCGAGGUCAAUGAUGAUGGAGACAUCGCCGAGAGUCUGAUGCUGGUGCCAGAUCAAGCUCUCUCAGCUUCAUCAGAGACUUCCUUCUCCUCUGAUCUCAUUCCGUCUCCAGAGGCCAGUGUUGAUAAGGACGAACCAGACCAUGUCUCCCUGAGUAUUGGAAAAUCAAGCGAAUUCGUUGCCUCAAACGUUGGUUCUGUGGAGGCUGAGAUUGUAGCGGGCUUUCUCAGGAAAGCUCGGACUCAGGUCUUGAAUGCCGGCUUGGAUACCAAAUCUAAGAAGCUUCUGGAUGCACUGCUUGAGAUUGUCAUAGAGGACUUCCACACUUUGCCUGUAAAGAGGGACCGGGCUGCAGAGCUUCUGUCAGCAAAAACUUACAUAGUGAUAGUAUGUUUCUUGCUCUGGAUCAUUGCAUUAGGUGUAUUGAUGUUCAGCUCUGGAGGCCGAAGCAAUUUUCGUGGACCUCUGCCUACUUGAGCUCAUAUGUAGAUGUGCAUUAAUUAUCUGAUCAAGCUUGAGCGGUAAGGCCUUUUUUCUUGUGCUUGGUAUGUUUGC